AUGGCCUUCAAGGAUUACUUCCAAGCUCGUUACAAGCUUCCGGUACAGAUCGUGUACAUCAUUCUGGUCGUCGUUGCAAUGGGUCUCUCAGGAGCCAAGAGCUUGAUAUUGAUCGGCUACGAGUUGCUGUCGGAGCACACGAGGUUUCUCAGGAAGUGGAAGAGCUUGAAAGCAUACGCGAUCAUCAAUUUCCUCGAAAUCAUUUUCUGGGCAGCUGUGAUGGGAUUGAUUUUCCAAGCGAAUCUGAAAAGCUGCAAAGGAGUUGGAUGUUAUCUCAGUUGGGGCGUGAUGGGUGUCGCAGGAGUGUUGAAUCAGUUGGCCGUCUGGUGUUUCCUCGCAUCCUGGUUCGAGUUCCGCGAGUUCAAGCGCAGUCGCAACACCGAAUACAAAGAGGAGCGACUUGAUUCGUACCAGAUGAGCAACAAGUCCACUGUCUAA